AUGUGCGUCGGCCUGCACCGGAAAGCUGACCUCGGAGAUGCAGACCUCAAGGCGAGGGCCGUACUCAAGCUUGUCUAUCUUGAAAUGGUUGGGCACGACAUGUCCUGGGCUUCUUUCCAUGUUCUCGAGGUCAUGUCUUCCCAAAAAUACCACCAGAAAAGAGUUGGAUAUCUUGCCGCUGUUCAGAGCUUCCGCCCCGACACCGACGUGUCCAUGUUGGCAACAAACCUCCUAAAGAAGGACGUGGCUGCAUCAUUACCGACCAUCAUAGCGCUCCCUAUCGCCGCCCUCCCUCACAUCGUCACACCGUCCCAGACCAUGUCGCUCCUCGGUGAUCUGCUACCACGUCUCGGCCACUCCCAUGCCGCUAUUCGGAAAAAGACGGUCGUUACGCUCUAUCGGCUAGCGUUGGUAUAUCCCGAAGCACUCCGUGCUUCAUGGCCGAAGAUAAAGGAGCGUCUGAUGGACCCAGACGAGGACUCAAGCGUAACGGCAGCCAUUGUGAAUGUUGUCUGCGAGUUGGGCUGGCGGAGGCCGCAUGACUUCCUCCCGCUAGCACCGCGGCUGUUCGAGCUCCUGGUUGAUGGGGGUAACAACUGGAUGGCAAUAAAACUAAUCAAGCUUUUUGCCACUCUCACGCCCCUUGAGCCACGCCUGGUCCGCAAAUUACUACCACCGUUAACCAACCUAAUCCGGACCACCCCGGCCAUGUCUCUGCUAUACGAAUGUAUCAACGGCAUUAUCCAGGGUGGUAUUCUCGGCGAUGGGGAGGAUUUCUCGGCCAGGGAGGAGGUAGCUUCACUUUGUGUCACAAAGCUACGAGGCAUGGUGUCCACCAACAGCGAUCCAAAUCUCAAAUAUGUGGCGCUCCUAGCGUUCAACCGCAUCGUCGUGACCCACCCCUUCCUCGUUGCACAGCAGGAAGACGUGAUCCUGGAGUGUAUUGAUAGUGAAGAUAUCACUAUCAGGAUAAAAGCGCUUGACUUGGUGCAGGGGAUGGUCAGCAGCGAUAACUUGGUUUCGAUCGUCAGUCGAUUAAUGAGGCAGCUCAAGGCGUCUUCCGCUACGCUCAGCCAACAAGAAAACGGCGCCGAGGGCCAGGAUCCUGAAACCGACUCGAGCGAUGAACCAAGCGCAGAAUCCAGGCGACGUCACAAAACAUCAGAAACUGCCCCGCCCCUCCCAGACGAUUACGCCGUCGACGUCAUCGGCCGCAUUUUGAGGAUGUGCUCUCAAGAUAACUAUGCCAACAUGGUUGACUUUGAUUGGUACCUCGACGUUCUGACGCAGCUCAUCCGGAUUGCCCCUACGCCUCGGACAAAGGAUUUGGGUUCUGACCGGUCAAGUCCAAAGUCAAGUGGUGACAUUUCCGAGAAGAUUGGCAACGAGCUUAGGAAUGUGGCCGUGAAGGUCAAGGCCAUCAGAGCUGCCGCUGUGCGGGCGGCCGAACUUGCAGUAUCCCGAAUGAGCACGGAGGUAUCAUCCACAAGGCCAGUCGUCUCAGGGGCACUUAACCCCAUUGCUUGGGUUGUUGGGGAGUAUUCUUUCCAGCUACUUUCGGCUGACAACACUCUACGGCACUUGCUAGAUCUAAUCCCACGGGUCGAAUACCCCGAGGGCCUGGCAACAUCUCUACAAGCUGUGCUAAAGCUGUUUGCCUACGUCGCUGGAGACGAUCAAGCACUCUGGACUCCGGAAAGGAAAUCGAGCGUCACAUUAUUGAUGGCCCGCGUCAUUCACGUCUUGGAGCCGCUCGCAUUACACCCUUAUCUCGAAGUCCAGGAGCGUGCUGUUGAGUUUAUCGAAUUACUCAAGCUUACGGCCGAGGCUGCGGCCGGCCAAACGCCGUCCACGGACGACGUCGACCAAGAUCCGCCAUUACUGCUCACACAAGCGAUCCCAUCGCUUUUUACUGGGUGGGAGCUCAAUUCCGUUGCUGCCAACACACAGCAGAACGUGCCCAUACCGGAUGACCUUGAUCUCGACGAGCCGAUUCAUGGUGACCUCAACAGAUUGUUGUCGCAGGCAGACUCGUUGAUGUUGCCGACACAGGGCGACGACGAAUUCGAAACAUACUACCACCAUAAGCCGGCAGUCACAAGCAUGUCCAAUGAACCAGCCAUAAAUAGGCUAGUAGAAGCACCGGAGGAGGUGGUGUCGGGAUCUUACCAACAAUCUGAAGAGAGCUACCUGGACCCGGAUAUUGUUGCUAGGAGGAAGGCUGAGCGCGCCGAGCGUUACCGUGACGACCCCUUCUACAUCCCCGACGCCACUGCAUCUGGCGGCAGGACCUCCAAAGCCGCUGCCGCCGCCAAGAAACUCAAGCAACAAUCCCUCCUGCAAAUAGGCCCCGCCAACCUCAGCGAUCUCAGCAUCGGAGACACGAGCCAGUCGGGCGGCGGCGGUGGUGGUGGCGGCGAUGGGCUGGCACUCGAGCGGCAGCAGCGUGAGGAGGCGGAGAUGGCGCAGGCGCUCAAGGAGGUGCAGCGGCUGAGGCUGGAGAUGCAGCGCGCGAACGAGCGGAUACAGGUCGCGCAGGGGGUUCCGGUGGAGGGGGUGGUUGUGGCGAAGAAGAAGAAGAAGAAGGUGAAGGAUGGGGAAGGGGGUGGUGGUGGCGGUGAGGGGGGAGAAGGGGUGGUGAAGGUGAAGAAGAAGAAGAAGGUGGCGGUAGUUGAAACGGGGGGUGAAGGCGGGGUGGAAGGGGGUGAGGGUGUGGUGAAGAAGAAGAAGAAGGCUGUUAAGGCGGAAGGGAAAGAGGGCGGGGAGGGGGAGGCGGUUGUGAAGGGGAAGAAGAAGAAGGCUAGGAGGUUGGUACAAUUGGAUGAGGGGGAGGGUGCUGCUGCGGAAGGAAAUUAG